AUGGGGAUAGUGAGGAGUAUCAAUGAAAGCAACAUAACAGGAUUCAUCCUUUUGGGCUUUUCUGAUCAUCCUCAGUUACAGAAGAUUCUGUUUGGGAUAAUUUUAAUCUUAUAUUUAUUAACUAUAUUUGGUAACACUGCCAUUAUCCUGGUAUCUCGUCUGGAAACCAAACUUCACACACCCAUGUAUUUCUUCCUUUCUCAUCUCUCCUUCCUGGACCUUUGCUUCACUAGUAGUGUUAUUCCUCAGCUCUUGGUCAACCUUUGGUUUCCCAGGAAGAUCAUUACCUAUGGUGGCUGCGUCGUUCAACUCUAUGUUUCCCUUGCACUGGGAUCCACUGAGUGUGUCCUCCUGGCAGUGAUGUCCUAUGAUCGCUAUGUUGCUGUUUGCCGUCCCCUUCACUACACUGUCUUGAUGCAUCCUCGCCUCUGCAUGACCUUGGCUUCUAUAGCCUGGCUCAGUGGAGUGGCCACCACCCUAGUACAGUCCACUCUAACCCUGCAGCUGCCCUUCUGUGGCCAUCGUCAAGUUGAUCAUUUUAUCUGUGAGGUUCCUGUGCUCAUCAGGUUGGCCUGUGUGGACACCACUUUCAAUGAGGCUGAACUUUUUGUGGCAAGUAUCCUCUUCCUUAUCGUGCCUGUCUCAUUCAUCCUGGUUUCCUAUGGCUACAUUGCCCAAGCAGUUUUGAGGAUCAAGUCAACUAGUGGUCGACAGAAAGCUUUUGGGACCUGUUCC